GGGCUGCUGUUCUUAGGCUUGAUCAAACUAUGGUAGUUUUAGAUUUAUCGAUUAUAGGUUGGCUAGUAUAUACACUUUUACCUUUAGAUAAUAUUGUAAAAUUUUAUAUUAAUAAAAUUCAUGGGUAUUUUUGGUAG